UGCAGGAGGCCUGCAAGGAGGGCCACGCCAACCACGUCUCCUUCAACGCCACCAUCACGGCCUGUGAACGCGGAAGCCGUUGGACGCUGGCGCUGCAGCUGUUGCAGGAGAUGCGUUCGCGCGGGGUAGUUCCUGACACGGGAAGCUACGGAGCUUUGCUGACGGCUCUGGGCCGCGGCUCUGGGCCAUGGCAGCAGGCCGUGUGGCUGCUGGAGAAGGCUUUGGAGGUCAGGCGGCAGGAGCGCACCGCGAUGUCUCUGAAGGAGCUGAUGGAACGCGCCUUGACUCCCAUUUGGACCUCGGGACGCCUCGCCGAGGCCUUGAUGAUCUACCGCCAAGGGAAAGACGCUGGAGUGUGGCCUGGUGACAGGGGCAGCCGUUUGCUGGACCUGCACGACUUCGCCGGGGAAUCCGCGCAGGUGGCGGUGUGUGCACAGCUGCUGCAGCUGGCAAAGGAGGGAGCAGGAGAGGUGGUGAUCGUCACCGGAAGGGGUGGCCACAGUAGGGAAGGGGGUGUGACUCUGCACCCGCUGUUGACCCAUUUUCUGCAGGAGUUGAAGAUUCCAGUGCGCCCUGAUCCCAAGAUUGCAGGUCGCCUCAGAGUGUCGCUGCCUGAGGACUUCUACGGCGUGAAAA